GAUGGGCGGCGAGUACAUGUGAUAGAGAGGGACUUGAAAGAACCUCAAAGAUUUAUGGGAGAGCUGAUGCAAGCAGGAGGACGCCUCAAAUUAGCUCAGCUUGGCCUUGAAGAUUGUUUGAAGGAGAUAGACGCUCAAGAAUCAAAGUCAUUAGCAAUUUAUAAGGACGGGAAACACGGGACCUUGUAUUAUCCCAGUAGCACUAAGUUUCCUUAUGAACCACAGGGUAGAUUCUUACGUAAUGGCCGUCUGGUUCAACGUCUACGCAAAAAGGCAAUUUCUCUUGCCAA